AUGUUUUUCUCUCAAAUUCAUCUUCUCCCAAUCCUGAUUCUUUUCCUGCCCACUCUGAUUUCAUCCGAACCACUUCGUUUAACUGACAAAACAUGGAAAGACAUGUUAUGUGGUCAAUGGAUGGUCGAAUUUUAUGCACCAUGGUGCCCAUCAUGUCAACACUUCACACCUAUCUGGAAUGAUUUUGCUAAAGCAAUGACGUCCAAAGAAGUCAAAGUAGCAGCAGUUGACAUCAAUGAUUACCCAUCAUUAUCCGGCCGUUUUCGUAUAUCUGUUUUGCCCACUAUAUAUUAUGUUCGCGAUGGUGUUUUUCGUCAAUUUAAUGGUGAACGUUCAUUAAAUGGAUUGAAGAAUUAUAUUGAAUUCCAAGAAUGGCAACGAACGGAACCUGUUUCACGAUACUUCGCUCCAGAUAGUAUUCCAAUGUCAAUGAUUAGUUCACUUUUCGAUAUAUCGGUGCUUGUCAAAGAUGCGUACACAGUUUUAUUAGAACAAUACGGAUGGCCAGCUUGGCUUAUCUAUAUUGUAUUUUCGAUCGGUAUAAUAUUGAUUGGCUUUAUUCUCGGAUUUGGUUUUUUGAUGAUUAUCGAUUAUUGUUUAACUGGCACGCCGAAAGAUGAAUUUGAUGAUAUUCCAGAUGAUUCUCGAGAUGUCGAAGAUUCAGACGAAGGUGAUACACCAAAGCCAUUGAAAACGAAAACUAAAGCGAAACAAAUUACAUCUGCAACAACUCUAAUUACAUCAUCAACUCCACAACGAACAACAGCAUUGAACACGAAAACUCGUCCAUCACCACCUGUAGAAAUACAAGAUGACGAAGCUUUAUUGGAUGAAGUCCUUACUGGUGAUCAAGAUGACGAUGACGUCGAUAGCGAAGAAAUGAAUGCUUCCGAUGUGGCACAAGGUACCGAUGAAGAUGAUCAAACUACAAGCAAAGGUAAAUGGCGUUGCAGUCAAGAGUAA